CUCCUCUUCCCAACACACACGUACUCUCUCUCUCUUUUAUGAUGCGCAGCACCAAAGACUGCAAUAGACAGCGGGAGUUGGUGUGAAGAAACCGAGAGCAGCAGCGUCGCGGAGCAGGGCGCGCUGCGGGGGCGGCGAUUUCCAGAAGGAUGCAUUGAAUCGAAUUGAAUGGCGUAGGCUAGGGAGGCGUGUGGGUGAGGGCUUUAAAGCGUGAGCGGCGCUGGAGGUUGGGGGAAGUGAAAUGGUUUGAGAACGAGGCAGGAGAGGCUUCCCUUUUCCGGCGACGUCGGAGAUGAAGUUCAUGAAGCUCGGAUCAAAGCCGGACGCGUUCCGGUCGGACGGGAGCUGCAUCAGGUUGGAUCUUUUUCCUUCUCCGCGAUCGUCCUCGCCAUCAAAAUCGCUUCUUGCCGUCGAUUUUGUGUGUGUUUUUUUUUUGCUUCAAAUCUUUGCGCUCUUUCUUCUUUUAUUGAUAUCAAACUCAUGCAGGUUUGUGGCGUCUGAACUGCCAACAGACGUCGUUAUACACGUCGAAGAAGUGAGAUUUUUCUUGCACAAGUUUCCUCUUUUAGCGAAGAGCAACCGAUUGCAAAGGUUGGUACUCAGAGCCACUGAAGAUAGUUCAGAUGAUAUCGUCUUGCACGAUUUCCCUGGUGGACCGAAAUCAUUUGAGAUUUGCAUGAAAUUCUGCUACGGCAUUACAGUGACUCUCAAUGCCUACAAUGUUGUUUCCGCAAGGUGUGCCGCAGAGUACCUUGAGAUGGAUGAAGGUGUCGAGAAGGGGAAUCUGAUACACAAAUUAGAGGUUUUCCUCAACACGAGUGUGUUGCGGAGUUGGAAAGAUUCGAUCAUCGUUUUUCAGAUGACUACGUCAUCUUUGCCGUGGUCUGAAGAGCUGAAGAUUGUAGGAAGGUGCAUUGACUGCAUUGCUUCGAAGACAUUGGUCGAUCCUAUUAACGUCAACUGGUCGUACACCUACGAUCGCAAAUCUGCAGCCUCUACUGAGAUAGUCGAGAAGCUGCAAGGGAUGCAUAAAGUUCCUAGUGACUGGUGGAUGGAAGAUCUAUGUGAAUUGGAUGCUGAUCUUUAUAAGAGAGUAAUGGUCGUGGUGAAAUCGAAGGGGAGGCUGUCCUCUGACAUGAUCGGGGAGGCUCUCAAGGCUUACGCAGCUCGAUGGUUGCCCGAUUCUUAUGAAUCUUUGAUCGAUGAUGAUGAGUACAUGAAAAAGAGCAGGAUUAUAGUAGAAACCAUCAUCUCACUUUUGCCUACCGACGAGUGCUCAGGGUGUAUGUGCAGGUUUUUACUCGAAUUACUAAAAGUUGCUAUCUUGGUUGGAGCUAGGGAUGUAUUGAAGGAUGAACUUAUCGAUCGAAUCGGGAUUCAGUUGCACAAAGCUUCAGUCAAAAGUCUGCUGAUUCCUUUGAAAUCAGGCAGCGGCGAUACAAUGUAUGAUGUCGAUCUGGUGCAAAGUCUCAUUCAUAAAUUUACAACGCAUAUAGGUUGCAGCUUUGUCGAUAAGAAUGGAUCGUUGGUAGCUUUAGGGAAACUGAUUGAUGGUUAUCUUUCUGAAAUAGCGAACGAUCCUAACGUAUCGAUAUCUAGAUUUAGUAAGCUUACCGUGUCAAUUCCUGAUUCAGCAAGGCCAGUUCAUGAUGGAUUGUACACAGCCAUCGAUAUCUACUUGAAGGAACAUCCAAACUUGAUGAAAGCCGAUAAAAGGAGGAUUUGCAACUUGAUAAACGUUAGGAAGCUCUCGUCCGAGGCUUAUGUCCACGCGGCACAAAAUGAGAGACUGCCACUUCGAACCGUCGUUCAAGUCCUCUUCUUCGAGCAGUUAAAGGCAUCCAGGAGUACACUGGCACCGACCGACAAUGCUUCAUUACCGCAAACAGCAAUGGACGAAGAGUGGGAAGGGCGGGUUGUGUCGGAGCACCAUUGCAGCCUGAAACAGCAGCUAGGGAGCUUGAAGAUAAAGGUGGAUGAGUGCCGAAGCAGCGAUGACAAGCGGAGCAAAAGCAUGAGCGAGAAGGGGGGCAGCGGGGGCCUGCUGUUGUCGUCGUCGUCGUCAUCGUCUAGGUCGAGGAGGUUGUUCGAUAAGCUGUGGGCAGUAAAGGGGGAGACGAUAAGGAGCUCGGAGACAUCGGGGAGCUCUCAAAGCCCUCCUGUUUCUGUGAAGCCUGCUGAAGCUAAGUCUUGUGGCUCAUCAAGGCACACCAGAUACUCAAUUUCAUGAUUAAGGGGAAAACAAAAGAAAAUGUCAAAAAAGAAGUUAUUUUGCCAAAUUAGAUUGUGUAUAAAAUUGUGUGUUUUGAUCGUGAUGGUGUGGGCGAUACAUGUUUAUUUUUUUUAUUUUUGAUUUUUUCGUGUUUCCUUGGAGGGAAAUUUAUGAGCAGAGGGAAAAGAUGUCUGCUUUGUAUUAUGA